AUGGAUGGGGUGGAUUUGAGUAGGUAUUGGGGUAAUGAUAACUUUGGUUUGGAUUGGGUUGAAGCGACUGGGAGAUCGAGCGGUUUAGUUUCGUUAUGGGAUAAUAAGAAGUUUGAUAUGAUUUCGGUGCUUCUUGGGAGUGUUAAUGGUAUGGUGAUAGUUGGAGGUGAUUUCAACUGUGUUCGUGACAAAGAGGAGCGUCGAAACUCUAAAUUUAAUUUGGCUAUGACUAAUGAUUUUAAUGAAUUCUUGGAAGAGGCGGGCUUACAUGAGUUUAAUUUACGAGGACGCAAAUUCACUUAUGUGGUUGGAAAUAAGUGUAGCCGAAUUGAUCGGAUUUUUGUUUCUUGGUGUGUUAUGUCCGAAUGGUCGAAUGCUGAGUACCGAGCCUUAGCUAGAGAUUGUUCGGAUCACAGUCCGCUUAUCUUGAAGGUGGAGGAUCGUAAUUACGGUCCUAAACCGUUCAAGUUUUUUAAUUCUUGGUUGCAACGUAAAGAAUUUGAUGAGCUUGUCACUAAUACUUCGAUUUUGGUCUCAAAAGAAAAAUCGAUUAAGGAUGAAGCUGCUGAAUAUACGACACUAGCUCAAGACUUGGCUGAUUUGGAUGAAGUUGUAGAGGAUCGGGAUUUUACGGAAGCGGAACAAUGGGUUUACGAGGAAGCUAAAGUUAGAAUUAAAGAGUUGGAAGACUUUAAACAAAAAGACAUUAGACAAAAAUCGAGGGUGAGAUGGGCAAAGGAAGGGGACGAGAAUACUCGAUAUUUUCAUGGCAUCAUCAAUAAGCGCAAAGUGUCUAAUUCUAUCCCGGGGUUAUUGAUUAAUGGAGAAUGGGUGACUGUUGGUGCAGUUGUCUGUUGA